CUUAUAUUUUGAUUGCGGCCUCUUUCUUGGUUUCUCUCUUCUUUUUUUUUAUAUUUCACUUAAGCUUUUCGUUGUUCCUGUUCAACGAUUUUUACACUUGGCGCGUUUGUCAUGACUGAAACAGACUAUCCAGAAAAAAGACCAGCCAACGCCACCGAUGACCAAGUUACUGUGGAGAAGAAACAGCAUCCGCAUCGUCCUUCUGUGCAGAAAUCUCAAUUGACUAUUCGACCUUCGGAGGAUCAACUUCAAAUCGAUCAAGAAUCAUUAACCCCUACUGCGAAAAAACAAGACAGAAACAGCAAACUUGGACGCAUUUUGACUUUUUUUGGACUACAGUUGGCUUUAUUUUUGGCCGCAUUAGAUGGCACCAUUGUUUCUACUGCACUACCACGUAUUGGAUCUGAUUUCAACCAAAUGGCAAUUGUAGCCUGGGUAGCCACCGCUUACAUCCUUACAUUUGAUGCUUUCCAACCCAUGUUUUCGAAAUUUUCCGAUAUUUUUGGACGCAAGUGGAUCUUGAUGUUUGGCAUCGUGGUAUUUCUCAUUGGAUCCGUACUAUGUGGAGCGGCUCAGUCAAUGAUCAUGCUUAUAUGCUGUCGAGCCAUUGCAGGCAUCGGUGCCGCCGCCGUUUUUUCCAUGGUCUUUGUCAUUAUUUCGGACCUUGUUCCACUGGAAAAGCGUGGUAGCUAUCAAGGAUUAAUUAAUGGUGUCUUCGCACUGGCGAGUGUCUUGGGACCAUUGAUCGGCGGCAGUUUCACGGACUACGUGAGUUGGCGAUGGAAUUUCUAUAUCAACUUACCUAUCGGUGCUGCGGCGAUGAUUAUACUGAUGGUGUUCCUUCAAUUGCCCAUGCCGCAAGAAAAUUUCAAGGCCAAGAUGUUGCGAAUCGAUUAUAUCGGCACGGUUCUUGUUCUCGCUUUCGCCACAUUGUUUCUGUUGGCCAUGAAUUUUGGAGGUCAGGCGUAUCCGUGGAAAUCCACAGCGGUGCUUCUUCCAUUGGUGUUGAGCGUCCUGAUCAUUGGCGCACUGGUGUACGUCGAGUGCAAAAUUGCCAAAGAACCGUUACUGCCACCACCCUUGUUCAAGAAUCGGUCCAUUAAUUGCAUUUUGAUCAGUAACUGGUUUUUCGGCUCCAUCCUGUUCACUACGCUCUACUAUCUCCCCAUUUAUUUCCAGGUCGUCAAAGGCGAUUCAGCUAUGUGGUCCGGUAUUCGACUGAUUCCUAUGCAAAUGGUCAUCUGCGUGUUUUCCACCAGUUCAGGCCUCUUAAUUACCAAAACGGGGUUUUACAGACCACUGAUUACACUCGGCACAGGCUUGUUGGCGCUCUGUAUGGGUUUAUUCAGUAUGCUGGACAUUCACACGCCUUGGCCAUUGAUUUAUGGUUUCACUGUAAUUGCAGGUGCAGGUAUGGGAUGUAUUUUCCCCUCCUCGGUCAUUGGAUUGCAAGCUUCUGCCCCCGCCAAAGAUAUCGCCAUCAUUACAGGACUCGGUAGCUUCUGUCGCAUUCUCGGAGGUGCACUUGGAAUUGCUAUUGCCUCAGCUGUUUUGAAUUCGUCGCUGACAGAUGUGUUGGCUGAACAUAUUCCUGAAGAAUACGCGCGCAAGGUGAUCAGUUCGUCGGAAUAUGUUAGAAACGGCUUGCCUGCGGAAUAUCUUGAAAGGACAUUGCAGGUCUACGUUGAUGCAUUACAACUGAUUUGGCAUGUUAUGAUUCCCAUGGCGGGCGUAGCAUUUCUCUGCUCUUUGCUUGUCAGGCACUAUUCACUUCGCCGUGCUUCACCCUCACCACCAAACAAUAAAGCCGACAUGGAGGAAAAACAAACACAAGAUCCAGCCCAAUCGACAUCCCACGAAAGAGACGUGGCCAUCAAUAUGACCUCCAAUCAUGAUACCAUCAUCGAAGACAGUGCCACCUUGGGGCCCGCGGCGGAGAAGCAUUUCCGUGAAGAAAGACCAUAGAUUUAAACGAACUGUAGAUCCUAUUUUUACCUUUAAUCUUUGUGUGUUUUUGCUUUUUUUCUUCUUCUUUUCCCAUGCAUGCAUAAUGUAUCUCAUCUGUAUGUUUUUCUUAGUUAUUGCAUAGGAGUACAUAUAGUAUACCCCUCUUUUUCUUUUUCUCCAUCAUGUAUUUUCUGCACUUUUUUUUUUCAUCAUAAAAAUGAG